CAUGUCAGGAAGAGGCAAAACCGGCGGAAAAGCCCGCGCUAAGGCAAAGACUCGCUCCUCUCGUGCUGGACUCCAGUUCCCCGUCGGUCGUGUUCACAGACUGCUGCGCAAAGGCAACUACGCUCACCGUGUGGGUGCCGGCGCCCCCGUCUACCUGGCCGCUGUGCUCGAGUACCUGACCGCUGAGAUCCUGGAGCUGGCUGGAAACGCCGCCCGCGACAACAAGAAGAGCCGUAUCAUCCCCCGCCACCUGCAGCUGGCCGUCCGCAACGACGAGGAGCUCAACAAACUCCUGGGCGGAGUGACCAUCGCUCAGGGCGGCGUGCUGCCCAACAUCCAGGCUGUUCUUCUGCCCAAGAAGACCGAGAAGCCCGCCAAGUCCAAGUAAACCACAACAACUUCACAAACAAAAGGCUCUUUUAAGAGCCACACACUCACUCUGAGAAACUGCUCAUCCUCGUUUAAAAUACAGCAAAACUGUCAAUGUCUCUGAAAAUAUGAAGAUAUUUAUCAUCAUAAACUUUAGU